AUGGUAUUUGUCGAUAUGAUGCUUUUCGUGCUACUUGUAGGAUGCUGGUGUUGGCCUGUUGUAUUCGCAGCCCAUGGCGACCCUCUUCCUCCAGGAAUUGCACAGUUUCUUCGAACUCGCAGGAGCGAAAAGAGUCGGCAUUUGCGUAAUGGAUACGUCAGGCUCGGAGAUUAUGCCGGUAUCCAAGGAGUUGUCCAAUCAUUGACUGGGUACAGUCUUUCAAUGAAUGCUGUAGGCAACAUGAUGGCGGUUGGAGCCCCAGGUGAAGAGGGUGAUUUCAGCUUUGAAAGAGGCGCCGUCCGCGUCUUUGAGUUUGCAAGUGGGACAUGGACUCAAAAAGGCCAAGACAUCAUUGGAAAACUUGAUGAUUCUGAAAGUUUUGGUUUUGCUGUGUGGUUGAGCCCUGAUGGGCAAACUCUUGCAGCUUCCGCAAACUCGGCAAGUCAUGGUUACGUUCAGGUGUACGAAAUCAAUGCCUCUGGUGAUACGUGGAUAAAGCGAGGAGUAGACCUUGACGAACUGAACCCAGGCGAAGGCUUUGGCAGGUCCAUAGCAUUGAGCGAUGAUGCUGUAUUCAUGGUUGUUGGGGCCCCGUUUUAUGAUGAGGGGGCGGAUACGGAGGUGGGAAGGUUGUACUUCUUCGAUUAUCGCGAUGGGUCCAACUACGUGCUUCGGACUGAGCAGCUGGUAUUUUCACUUGUUCCACUGGAUCGCGGGCAAGCGGCAACUCAGCAAAUGGGAAGUGCUGUAGCGAUGUCCAGCGAUGGCAAGUUUGUUGCUGUCGGUUCGCCAUUUGACCAGAACGACUUGGAGAAAGGGCUAGUGUUUGUCCUUUCAAUACUUUGGGGUUUCUUUGUCAACUUGGAAGUUUUCGGAGGAGUGAUUGAGGCCGAUGAAAGUGGAACUAGCUUUGGUCUAGCCUUGGCUAUGAAUGGAGACGGCACCCAUUUGGCAGUAGGAAGUCCUUUUUUUGAUGGACUGGUAGACUCUGCCGGUCGAGUCCAGGUCUUUUCAAGGGCGACAGAACAGGGAACAUCUACCUGGAUCCAGUUGGGGAG